GACUUUAGCAUCUGCUUGCUCUCUCUGCUUAAGCGUUGCAGUACGAAUGGCGGGUGCAACUUUUUGCAGUUGAGUGCGAUACGCGUAAUUUGUGCUAUUUUAUUAGGAUUUGCAGCAUAAGUACGAAAUUGCAAGAUGACAGAAAUCGUCGACGUGCACCGAUUACUUCCAUCAAUGGGAAGGGCAUAUUUAUUUCAAAUGCAAAUUGCUACUUUCGAUCAGCCAGAUCUGAAGUAGCAUUUCAUGGAUAUUUCAUUCAAAGUGGCAUAUAUACACCGUCGUAAAGGUAUCACACAACGGCAUAGGGUCGGAUGGACAAUUGAGAAGGUACUAUGAGAAUAAUGAGACUGCACGAACAAAAAGCGAGCGUGCUAUGUCCUGUUCUUACGAUAAUCGCGAUUAACUUCUUUCUGAUUUGUUGCAAUUUUUAGCAACUGAACUGCGAUCGUUGAUACGCGCAGGUGUAGUUGAUUACAAGUACCCCUUCUUAUGCCCGAGUGGGGUCGACGAAUUUCCACGGGACAUAGAACAAUUGCUUUUUGUUCGCGCAGUCUCAUUAUUCUCAUAGUACCCUCUCAAUUGUCCAUUCGAUAUACUCCACCACGUCAUGCGAUACUUUUACCGCGACACAUAUAAAUUAUUUUGAAACGAACGAAAUAUCCAUAAAAUGCCACUUCAGAUCUCGCUGGUCGAAAGUAGCGAUUCACCUUUGGAACAUACAUCCCCUCCCCAUUGACGGAAGUGAUUGGUGCACGCCGACGAUUUUUGCCAUCUUACAAUUUCGUAUCUAUGCUAGAACUUCCAGCAAAAUAGCUCAGAUUACGCGUGUCGCAGCAGCAAAAAUUGCAUGUGUCAUUUGUGCCGCAAUUCUUAAAAAGAAAGUAGAUUGAAGAGUCAUGCUGGUGAAUUUCCAGCGGGAGUAUAAUAUACAUAAAAUAUUGUUGUCCAGCAGUGGCCUGUGGCCGUAUCAGAGUAAGCUCAUAAGUUGCCUGUUUCUGAUUCCUUUGUUGGUGAACGCAAUAUUUUACAAUCUGUUGGAGAUUUUAAUGUUGUACGAUUAUUGGGAGGAUAUGAAUAUUGCUUUCGAUGCUUGCUAUCAGAUUUUUGCAUUAACCAGUAUAGCAGGAAGAAUAUUCAACAUGUUUUGGAACCGUGAACAGAUAAAACGUAUAUGCGAAGCCAUAGACAAUCAUUGGAAUAUAUUUACAAGUAAAUUGGAAGUUCAAAUUCUUAACGAUUAUUCUAUAAUGUCGCGGAAAUUAACAACAACUUACAGCAAUUUGUCGAUAUGUUGAAUUCGGCGUAUAAAAUAAUUUCAUUAUUCUCAUUAUUAUUGAGCGGAGCAAUUUUAAUUUUUGCUGGAAUACAAGUCACAAAUGUAUUAGAGCAAUUAGGAGAGGUAAUGAGAUACACCUUCGUAAUUGUAGGUAAUUUAAUGCAACUCAUGUUGUCAUGUUAUGCUGGUCAAAAGUUAAGAGACAUAAGUCAAAUGUAUUCUACCGAGCGUAAGAAUAAUUUUCUAUUAAUUACUUUUGCAUGUAUA